AUGGAUCCACAGUGUGUAUCAUUUAACUAUCACAUCAUAAGAGGUAUCUGUGUGUUGAAUGAUGCCAGCAGAGCUCACAGCCCUGAUGACUUUGUGGCGAGUGAAGGGAGUGCCUACUAUGAUAACAACUUGGACACUUCUUCAUUUUCACUACCCAGCACUAGUAGUUGUCUGGAGUUGUAUCAAGCUGGUUACCGCAUUAAUGGUUUAUACACCAUCUUUCCUACAAGUCUGACCACCAGUGGGUUACAGGUUUACUGUGAUAUGAAGACAGAUGGAGGCGGCUGGAUCGUGUUCCAGAGGAGACAAGAUGGCUCUGUUGACUUUUAUCGUAACUGGGCCGAAUACCAAUCUGGGUUUGGUGAUCUGCAGAGUGAGUUCUGGUUGGGGAAUGAUAUCAUGCGUGACCUUACUGGUCAGGUCAAUGGCGACUCAGAGUAG